AUGCAGGCCGAUCUUAGUCCCGCGGCGGCUGCACACGAUGGCGAGCAGGCCGGCGGUCGCGGAUUCAGCUCGUGGUGGCUGCACGACCCCACUUUCGUGGACAUGCGCCCCACGCCGCCACCCCGACGGCGACGAGGCGCCGUGCUGCCCGGAUGGUGGGUGGCGCUGCCGCACGGUCAGGGCGACGAUGACGACGAUCCGCAAGGUGCGGCCGAUGGGGUAUCGGCUCAGUUCGGAGGGGCAACGGCGGGCUAUGAGUUGGCGCACGGACUGCCUGAGUGGUGGAUUCACGACGGCGACGAGGACGCCGCUGCUAAUUCCAGCGGUAGGGACGACGGUGACGCCGUGGAAAGCGGCGUUUGCGAGGAAAGCGGCGUUUGCGAGGAGAGCGGCAGGUUGGACGAGGGAUCGGGGGAGUUCGUGGAGUGGGAGGCGAGGGCGGGCGGCGGUGCACGCGCGGUGGAUGAUCUGGAGCGACUGGCGGACGGGAGAGGAGCCAUGGUGGUCGAGGAGGCGGAGCAAGAGAACGGCAGCAACGCAGUGGUGGCGUGCGGUGAGGCGAGGGAUGCGGUGGCGUUCCCGUCGUGGCACGAUAAGGGCAGCGUUGGCGGGGGUGGCGGGGAGGCAAGGCACGCCGGGGGGUGGGCGCAGCAAGUCCAGCAGCAGGACGUGGUGAUGGCGCGCGGCGAUAGGGAGGUGCCCUGCGCGCGGCUCCCGGACAUGCACGCGCGCACGCUGGACUCCGCGCAGGAGCAGUGGGGCGGAGGCACGUCGAGGGGAUGGCGGGGGGUGGAGCAUGGGGUAGGGGCAGGGAUGGAGAUGCGACAGGAGCCGGAGACGGGGAGAGAGCAGGCGUUAGAUAUAGCGCUGGAUGCGGCGAGGGACAGGCAGGGUGAAGGAGGAGGGCAUUGGUGGAAGCGGCAACGGCAGCAGGGGCAGGCGACUGGCGUGGAAGAUGAGCUUGCGCAGGGCAAUCAGCGGUGGCAGCAGCAGGAGGACGCAGAGAGAGAGCAGCGGCAGCAGCAGGCGAGGCGAUUGAGCGAGCAGAGGGGAAGACUGAGAAACUGCGUGCUGGAUGAGCCACAGGCCGAGCGGCAGGGCGGUGGGGAGGGCGGCACAAUGGACAAUAGGGGCGGUAACAACGUGCUGCUGCCGUCGUGGUGGGUGUCCAUGCCGCCGCACCAAGACGACUCCACUGUGGUGAGCAUGAUGAUGCGUGGGGCACACACAUCGUAUCACAUGUUCAUAGCGUGCUUCGUUUGCGGAGCCAACGUGCUCAUGUGCGGCGCAGGGGCCAUUUCUCCUUGUGAGGACUCUUUGAAUGGAGUCUAG